AACGGUUCAACCCUCUCAGGCUCUCAGCAAACAACACCAUCUCCUUUCUCCUCCUCUUCCUCAUCGAUCUGUAAGGCAAGAUCUCAACUGAUCGUUACCGUGUCAACCUCGCUCCGAUCACACGCACAAGCAGAGCAGUUCCACAGCAGCGGCAUGGCCAUGGAGCUAGCCUCGUCGUAUUCGGCGGCGGAGAUCCCCCACUACUUCCUCUGCCCGAUCUCGCUGGAGGUCAUGCGCGACCCGGUCACGCUCGCCACCGGCAUCACCUACGACCGCGCCAGCAUCGAGCGCUGGCUCUUCACCGACGGCCACGCCACCUGCCCCGUCACGCGCCGCGCGCUGGCGCCCGCCGAGAUGGACGCCACGCCCAACCACACGCUGCGCCGCCUCAUCCAGGCCUGGUGCGCCGCGCACCAGGUCGAGCGCUUCCCCACGCCGCGCCAGCCGCUCGACUCCUGCCGCGUCGCCGCGCUCCUCGACCAGGGGCGCCACGGCGGGGCGGCCGCCGCGCUCAGGGAGAUCAAGGCCGUCAUCGCCGAGAGCGAGCGCAACAGGCGCUGCGUCGAGGCCACGCCAGGCGCCGUCGACUUCCUCGCCUCACUAGUCGCCAAGGACUCCUCGGCCGAUAGGUCUCCAUCCAAGCGUGCCAGCAGCCAGCAAGAUGCCGACGACGGUGACUCCCUGGGGGAGGAGGUGCUGGAUUCUCCGACCUUCAUGAGCUCGCCGGCGGAGGACGCGCUCGGCGUCCUCUACUCGCUCAAGCCGUCUGAGCGGAGCCUUGCCCAGAUCAUGGAACGGGAAGGAAACUUCCUCGACACGCUGGCGUCUGUCCUGCGCCGCCCGAGCUACCGGACGCGCGCCUAUGGCAUCCUUCUCCUCAAGGCGAUGACGGAGGUCAUGACGCCGGCGCAGUUCAUGAUGGUGAGCGCCGACCUGGUGCAGGAGGUGGUGCUCGUGGUCUCGGACCGGGUGUCCUCCAAGGCUGUCAGGGCGGCGCUGCACGUGCUGUGCCGCCUCUGUCCGUGGGGCCGGAACCGCGUGAAGGCCGUCCAGGCCGGCGCGGUGGCCGCGCUGGUCGAGCUGCUCCUCGAUGAGGGCGGCAGCCGCGUCACCGAGCUAGCCGUGGUGGCCAUCGACCACCUAUGCGGCUGCGCGGAGGGCCGGUCGGACCUGGUCGCGCACCCGGCGGGGCUGGCCGUCCUGUCCAAGAAGGUCAUGCGGGUGUCCGCAGCCGCCACCGAGAGCGCCGUGCGCGCCCUCCACGCAGUGGCCAGGCACUCGCCGACGCCCUCGGUGCGGCAGGAGAUGCUCGCCGUCGGUGUGGUGGCAAAACUGCUGCUUGUGCUGCAGACCAAUGCCGGCGAGAGGGCUGGUCUCAGGGUAAAGGAGAUGCUAAAGACACACGCUAGGGUUUGGAAGGACUCGCCAUGCCUCCAAACACACCGGGGUUCUUACCCUUGUUGAUACACAAUAUACAAUGUAGUAUCAUGCAUGUACAUUACAUUGAUAUUUGUAGCCAAGAGGAGCACACAUUUGAUUCUCCUUUUAGGUAGGGACAUACUCUCGACGAUAGUGAAAAUUGUCUAUUAAUUGGGAUAUGAUUUGGGAGCUUUAUGUCCUUAGUUUAUACUUGGAAUAAAUUUAAAGAUGUACAUUCUUCAAUUUCAUUUCA